AUGGGGCUGAUAUUCAGGCAAUUCCUCAUUGCAUUGCUUGGUGGUUUUCAUCUUCUAGCGCUCCCAGUUCAUGCCCAGACUCAAAAAGGCUUCAUCAGCAUAGACUGCGGCCUACCGGAAACCUCUGCAUACAGUGAGCAAGAAACAGGCAUUAACUUUGUUUCAGAUGCUACUUUCAUAGACACUGGUGAAACUAAGUUCAUACAAUCUAAUGAUUUGCUAACCCUAAACUAUCAGCCCUAUCGGUAUCUGAGGACGUUCCCUCAAGGAAUUAGGAACUGCUACAACAUAAACGUCACAUUUGGGACUGAAUACUUGAUUCGAGCAGGCUUCUAUUAUGGGAAUUAUGAUGCCAAAAAUAAGUUGCCAGAAUUCCAACUUCAUCUUGGACCUAAUUUGUGGGACACAGUGAAUUUCACGUUUUCGUGGGCUGACACAACCAAGGAGAUGAUAUAUGUCCCAGUGAAAAAUUAUAUACAGCUUUGUCUGGUCAACACAAGCAAAGGGGUUCCAUUUAUAUCCACAAUAGAACUCAGACCUUUACCUGCCAAAUCUUAUGUUACACAAACGGGUUCCUUUUUGGGACUUUUCUCGCGGUAUAACACCGGCCCGGUUAAUUUUACAGCAGAUGAUAUCAGGUAUCCAAAUGAUAUUCAUGAUCGCAUCUGGAAGGCUGAUUACCUUGGUGGUUGGGCAGAACUAAGUACCUCACCCAAUCUGUUUACAGACUCCAAUCAAAAUUCUCUCGAAACACCACCUCUUGUCAUGAGCACUGCUGCCACGCCCAAAAAUGCAAGCGAGCCCUUGGAUUUCUACUGGUUUUCUAACGAUAACAGUACGGAAUAUUAUAUUUACAUGCACUUUGCAGAAGUUUUGCAGCUCCAACCCAACCAGUCCAGAAAGUUCAACAUCACUCGCAAUGGGAAGGUCUUUUAUGGGCCAAUGGCUCCUGCGUAUUUAAACACGACCACUAUUUACGGAAGAGUUCGGCCAACCGGGUUUUUAGGACAAUUUUUUUCUUUUUCAAUCUUGAAGACUGAAAAAUCUACCCUUCCACCCAUUCUGAAUGCGUACGAGGUUUAUUCAGUGAACCAAUUGUUAGAACAGGAAACAAGCCAAGCAGAUUUUGAUGCAAUCACAAACAUCAAGUUGGCUUAUCAAAUUAAAAAGAUCAACUGGCAAGGAGAUCCAUGCUCCCCUCAAGUUUACUCGUGGGACGGCCUCAAGUGUAUCUAUCCUACAAAUGCGUCUGCAAGAAUCAUAUCCUUGAACUUGUCCUCAAGUGGAUUAACAGGGGAGAUAGAUCCUUCUCUAUCCAAUCUCGCAAUGAUACAGACUUUGGAUUUAUCUAACAACAAGUUAACAGGACCAGUUCCAGAUUUCUUGUCUCAAUUGCAGAAUUUAACCGUCUUAAACUUAGAACAAAACCAACUCACAGGGCCAGUUCCGGCAGGACUCGUUGAAAGAUGGAAUGAUGGUUUGCUAUCGUUAAGUUUGUGCGAAAAUCCAAAUAUCUCCGGAAAUGUUUAUUGCAACGACAACAAGAAAAAGAAGAAGAAGAAGAAGCAUGGUUUCCUUAUUCCGGUAGUUGUUUCAGUCGUUGGAGUUUCAGUCCUGUUACUAAGUGCAAUAGCUAUCUGGUGGUGGGGUUUUAGAAAGAAAUCAAAACAACGAGAUAAUGUCUCAGAAGCACAACCGACCAUUCAACUAGAGUCCACAAAGCGACAACUUACAUGCUCUGAGAUACUACAGAUCACAAACAACUUUGAAAGGGUUCUUGGAAGAGGUGGAUUUGGAACAGUUUAUCAUGGCUACGUAGGCGAUACUCAAGUAGCUGUUAAGAUGCUUUCGCCAUCAUCGGUCCAAGGGUUUCAACAAUUUCAUUCAGAGGUUAAUCUUCUGACGAGAGUUCAUCAUAGAAACUUGACUAGCCUUGUUGGGUAUUGCGAAGAUGAAACAAAAAUUGGGCUGGUCUACGAGUACAUGGCCAAUGGAAACUUACAAGAGUGCCUUUCAGGUUCAGAUAGAAAUAUCUUGAGUUGGGAAGAUAGACUUAGAAUAGCAGUAGACGCCGCACAAGGACUGGAGUAUCUGCACUAUGGUUGUAAGCCACCUAUAAUCCACAGGGAUGUAAAAUCAACAAACAUCUUGCUGAGUGAAAACUUCCAAGCCAAACUAUCCGAUUUUGGCCUAUCCAGAAUCUUCCCUACCGAUACUGGGACUCAUAUAUCAACAGUUGUUGCUGGAACUCCUGGGUACCUUGACCCUGAUUACUACGCGUCAAACAGGUUAAAUGAGAAAAGUGAUGUCUAUAGCUUUGGGAUUGUACUGUUGGAGAUUAUCACAAGUCGUCCUGUUUUUUCGAAAACACAUGAGAAGAUAUACAUCAGUGAAUGGGUUGGCUUCAUGCUUGCAAAUGGAGACAUUUAUAGCAUUCUUGAUCCCAGGCUAGGAGGAAAUUUCAAUACUAACUCUGUCUGGAAAGCUGUUGAAAUAGCAAUGGCAUGUGUAUGUAAAGAUUCCAUCGAAAGGCCGAUCAUGAGCCAGGUAGUGGUGGAACUGAAGGAGUGUUUGGCAAUGGAACUGGCAAGAACAAAGCAGAGCCAUCAAACCGAAUCUAUAAAUUCCAUUGGGAUAAUGCCUAACAAUUCCAUUGCUAUGCUACAUCCCUCUGUUAGGUAGUAGUAUUUAUCGUGAGAAAAUUACCAUGUAUUGCAUUUUCCUCUUUGUAAUAGAUACCAUAAUAUCUAUGGAUCGCAACUAUUUCAUAGUCACAUAAACGGAUCUUCUUGACAGAGGAGGCUGGCUGCAUGUGAAGGAUUUUGAUUUAUUCAUCCUG